AUGGUGCUGAUGGCAAUUGCAAACGCAGCGAAUGGCUCGCUUGGGGGCGAGGAGCUUGUGAGUGUUGUGGAGCAUCCUGAGGAUGCGGAAAAGGGUGAUGUUGAGAAUCAGGUGAUGAAUUCUUACCAGCCUGAGAAGGGCUUUGCUUCACUAUGGGUUACACCAGAGUGGGAGGCAUUGAGUAAGACCUUGAACCUGAGUGGAUUCUCCUUCCAUCAGGGUCCCCUAGGACACUCGAGGAUUCGCCCUACCACAUUGUUCUGCAAUUUGCAUCCAGAUCCAUCUCUAGUUGAUUGCUGGCGAGAAGGCUUCAAGUUGGAAGGCAGGCAGAAGGGAAACCGGGCUCUGGGUAUGACCUGGUCCGAGUGGGCUCCAGGCCUAUGGCUGGCUGUUACCAACAUGCUGGGGCGUGCACUGGGAAAACAUAAGACUAACGGGGGAUCAGCCCUCCGAUCUAUCGAUGCAGGGUUCAUUGAGCACUUGCGCAACAACCACACUCCCUUUCGUCGUGAUUGCAAGCGUUGCUUGGCCGGGUCGGCUCGUCAUAGACAGCACCGCCGAGUGCUCACGCCACAGGCGUGGACACUUUCGGUAGAUACAGCAGGCCGUUUUCCAGCAGGUGAAGACGAGGGUAGGGGCAAGAAACCACGGUACUUAAUCGUAGGGGUCCUCACUAUCCCCAUCCUUGAUCCAGACGAAAGCGAUGUGACUGCAGCAGCCGACAGAGACCCGGGUGUAGAUGUAGGUAUGUUUGCAGCGCACCUUGAUGAUGAGGAAUGGUUUGCCAGCCAGGGGUGCGAGGCUUCGGAAGAUGUCCCCGAGGCCACCUCUAAGGACGUGGUUGACACGGAGCAAGCUUGGAAGGAUUGGUCAGAGCGGGUCAAGGCAUCUAGGACAGAGUGGCUGACGGAAGCUCAGGCUCAGCAUUUGCCAAAGGUUCAGAUGAUCGACUAUGUACUGACUGAACCGGACGUUGCAGCACUUGCUGUGUGCAUGGCCAAGCACAUUCAUCAGAAUGGACGCAUGCAGAAGAAGGAGGACCAUGGGCAUACCUCGGUUCCUUUUGCGGGUGUUGGCCUGGCUUUGAAUGUGGAUCACGCAAUGCACAGGGAUAUUCAUAACCAGCGGGAUGUGCCAAAUGUGGUGUUGCCAAUUGUUAUCACAGCUGGUGCUGGGACGACGGAGAAUCGAUGCUUGAGCAGUGGAACUGAACUACAGGGCAAGGUGCGGGCUAUGUUUGCACCUAGUGAUGACGAUGAGCUGCCCUUUGAUCGGCGGGCUAUGUUUGCACCUAGUGAUGACGAUGAGCUGCCCUUUGAUCGGCGGGCUAUGUUUGCACCUAGUGAUGACGAUGAGCUGCCCUUUGAUCGGUUGCUGGAAGCCUUUGAUGAGGAUCUUACGGGCAGCCUGAAAGAGUGCGAAGAUGAAUUGAUGUUGGAGCUUGGUAGUCUGGAGCGUGAGCUACAUGUGCUUCGUUGCAUGGAUGUAAGAAGGCUAAGUAAGCUUGAAGCGGGUGGCCAUGAGAAUUCAGUUCUUCAUGAGCUGAGAAGUGUGGCAGUUGCUAGUGAACAGGAGGGUGUGAGCGAAGAGGAAUCUAGCUUGGGUUCUUCGGAUAGCAAGCCUGAUGAGGACCCGCCCCCACUUCAGACAAAGAUUAUUUCUCAGGAACAAGUCCGGCGGGAGCCACACAAGUGGAAAGAUUCGCUGAAAGAGGAAUUCGAUUCCUUAGUAUUUAGGACGGAGGCUGUAGAAGAGUUGCGAGAUGAGCAAUACAACUGCCUGUUGGAAAAUCCAGAUGUUGCUGUAGAGGUGAUCCCUGGGAAAGUGGUUUAUGUUAGGAAGCCAACUGGGAGACGCAAGGCGAGGAUUGUUGGGAUGAUGGUCAGAAGGGCCGCCAUAGAGCCCAGCUGGCACAUGGUUUCGGUAGACGUGCGCACAGCAUUCUUGCAGGCGCCUCUCCUGGACAUGAAACUGGAAGGUCGUCAAAAGGUGACUGUGGUCAAAGUGCCUAUCAUUUUGCGGGAAACUGGGAUUACAAAGGCUAGAUACUGGAUGGUUAAAAAAGCCCUGUAUGGGCUAGCUUCUGCACCAAAGUCAUGGAGUGUUCAUCGGGACAAAGUGAUGACAGAGCUUCGGAUUCCCUAUGAGGGCAAGAUUCUGCAACUGGUUAAGAUGGCAGAGGAUGUCAACCUGUGGCAUGUGGUGGAGACAUCAGCUGCAGGAGAGUCGUCAGAAAAAGGCCAGGAUCAGCCAAGGAAGAUAGGAGUUAUCGCUUUGUACGUUGACGAUAUCUUGAUUGCUGCUGAGAAACCAGUUGCUGAUGCCGUGGUGAUGGGUCUGCAGAAUCAUUGGGAACUGUCCUCGCCAGAAUGGUUGUCCAAGGAUGGCGAUUACUUGAAGUUUGCGGGCUACGAGCUGCAAAGAACGACUGAAGGUAUUCGACUUCAUCAGGAGAACUACACGAAGGACCUGUUGGAUCUUUAUUUCAGUGAGAUUCCAGGACAGGAACCAGUUCCAGCAGUCAAGCACCGAAGGCCAGACAUUGCUUAUGCGGUAAAUAUGGCGGCGAAACAGAUAGUGGCGAAUCCUCUUGAGGAGGCAAAGAGCAUAGAUGCAUACUCGGAUGCGUCGUUUGCCGCUGAUGAGCAGAGUCGAAGCUACGGAUGUUUCCAAUUGUUCCGGGGUGCAGCUCUUAUUGCUUGGCCUACAAUUGCGGCACUGUUGGACACGGCGGAAGAUCAGAUUGUUCGUGGAGAACUAGGCAUCUUCGACUGCGCGGUGAUGAUUCCGGAUUCGAGGGGAAUGCAACUUCAGUAUGAUGCUGCGCAUGCCUAUGCAUCGGUGGAGGGAGUUGAGCUCUACUAUACCCAGGACACCAGCCUGAAGUUCCACCCGAUGUUGAGGAUCCAGAUGAGUCGUCUUUUGGACAGUGGACAACUGACUCGGGAAUGCCCCGAGGACCCAGCUCUGAUGACGAUGAGCCGGCUGGCCCCAGAGUGCAUGCCGAACGAGUCGGCGACAGAUUCCCAGCCCCAGGCCGAGGAUUGUGGGCACUUGUACGGCUUCGGAGAUCCUGCUGCAAAGCGUUCCAAGCUCCAAGAGAUUGUGCAGCAGCGAGUGAAGGAUGUGGCCACUGCCAAGGAAAAGCUCCCACCAGAGCAUCUUGCGGAAACAGCACAGGCCUUCGUCAAAGAGUUCGGCGCGCCGCAGUCUCUGGUGGACUGCAUCGGCGCGGCCGAGAAAUCUUCUUGGUCCCUGGCUCUGGCUGCAGAGUUCAAGCGGGCCUCCCCUUCGAAGGGCGACAUCAGCCCUGACCUGGAUGCUGCCGAGCAGGCUCUGGUCUACAGUCACCAUGGUGCGAGCAUCCUCUCGGUAUUGACCGAGCCCAAGUGGUUCAAAGGCACUCUGGCAGACCUCAAAGAUGUCCGAGUCAGGACGCAGGCCUGGGCCACGAAGGAGGGAAGAAGGCGGCCCGCCUGCCUGCGGAAGGACUUCUUGAUCGAUGAGUAUCAGGUCCUUGAAGCCGUCGCUCACGGUGCAGACACGGUGCUCCUCAUGGUUUCCAUCCUCUCGCAGACCAGGCUGCAGGCAUUGCUGAGCUGCUGCCGGAGCCAGGGCCUGGAGCCCUUGGUGGAAGUUGUCACCGAUAGUGAGCUGGAGGUCGCGUUACGGGCGGGGGCCAAAGUGCUGGGGGUGAACAACCGGAACCUGCACACCCUGGUCCUGGAUAAACACCGCACACAGGCAAUCUCUCAGGAGCUAGCACGGCGGGGCGUGGCAGUUGGCACGGAGGUGAAGUUGUUGGCUCUCAGCGGCCUUUCCAGCGCUGAGGACGUGGCACACUGCAGGCAGAUUCGAUGCUCUGGGAUCCUGGUGGGCGAGGCCCUGAUGAGGGCACCGGAUCCAGGUGCUGCCAUUCUGGCCAUGAUGGCACCCGGCGAAGGCGUUGCAGCGCUGCCGGUGGCGCCGGGGGCUGUACUGGUGAAAGUCUGCGGCGUACGACGCGAGGAGGAUGCGUCGUGCGCCGUCGCUGCCGGUGCCAACCUCAUCGGCGUGAUUUUCGCCAAGUCCAAGCGCCAGGCCUCACAAGAGGAGGCGACACGCCUGGUGGCGGCAGUACGGCGCUUCGGGGAGCGCAGCGGACGGCUGCUGCGCCCAACAGGGAGCCCCCCGGCUGCAGCUGCAGCAGCGCUGGCGAAGCAAGCGGAGGCACUGCGCUCCGCCUGUCAACGGCCUUUGGUGGUGGGUGUGUUUAUGGACCAGGCUUUAGAGGAAGUGUCCAAAACCACCACCGCAACCGACGUAGACGUGGUGCAAUUGCAUGGUGGCGAGAGCCCAGACUUCGUCCGGGAGCUGCGGGCGCAGCUGCCAGACACUUGGAUCAUCAAAGUCGCUCACCUUCCUCCGACUUCGAGCGGUGAGGGCGCGUCUCCGGAAGAGCUUGAGGAGCUGAGGCUUAAGCUGAUGGGCUACUGCGAAGUGUGCGACUCCAUCUUGCUUGACACCGCCGUCAAGGGCAGCAACUCGGGUGGCACCGGUGCUGCUUUUGAUUGGGCAGUGGUGCGGGUUGUGCAGGAGCACUGGCAGAUUCCAGUGAUUGUGGCCGGCGGCCUCACCGACACGAACGUGGCGGAGUUGGUUGCGUCGGUUGGCCCCUUCGGUGUGGACGUUGCGAGCGGAGUUGAGGAUGCCCCUGGCGUCAAAAAUGGCGAGAAGACUCCGCGGUAUGUCCGUGAGGCUAAACGGGCCCGGUUUUCCAAGUGA